AGCCCAAAGCAGGACAACCAGUGCUGGUUCAUGGCCGCUUGAAUUUCUAUCCAAAACUCACACUACAAGCAGUACCCCUCUCCGUCUCUCUAGCUAACCGUACCGAGAUGGCUGACCGGAAAGCUGAAACUACUGCCAUUUCCGGCCAACCCCAGAAAACUAUUGAGGAUUUUGAUUCUAAAAAGAAGCCCAAAAGAAACGUAUAUGCUCUUGCUUGUGCAGUUCUGGCCUCUACGACUUCCAUCUUACUGGGUUAUGAUAUUGGAGUAAUGAGUGGAGCAGUAAUCUACAUCAAGAAAGAUCUCAAAAUCAGCGACGUAAAGGUCGAAAUCCUCGCCGGAAUCCUCAACGUUUUCUGUCUCAUCGGCUCCUGCGCCGCCGGACGAACCUCCGACUGGAUAGGCCGACGCUACACCAUCGUGGUAUCCCAAGUCAUCUUCUUUGCCGGAGCUAUCCUCAUGGGGUUCGCCACCAACUACUCCUUCCUUAUGGUCGGCCGCUUCGUCACCGGCAUCGGCGUAGGCUACGCCCUCAUGGUCGCUCCGGUCUACACCGCCGAGGUCUCUCCGGCAAGCACUCGUGGCUUCCUUACCUCAUUCCCCGAGGUGUUCAUCAAUGCUGGGAUAUUGCUAGGGUACGUUUCGAACUAUGGUUUCUCCAAGCUCCCAACGCACUUGGGUUGGCGGCUCAUGCUGGGAGUGGGUGCCAUCCCUGCUGUUAUACUCGGCACCGUCGUUUUGGUCAUGCCUGAGUCGCCUCGUUGGCUGGUUAUGCAGGGUCGACUCGGUGAUGCAAAAAAAAUUCUUGACAAAACCUCAGAUUCCAAAGAAGAGGCCCAAACAAGACUCGCUGACAUUAAAGAAGCAGCUGGCAUUCCUGAGAAUUGCACGGACGACGUCGUUCAGGUGCCCAAACGAAGUCACGGUGAGGAUGUGUGGAAAGAACUCUUCAUCCGUCCUACACCAGCCGUUCGCCAUGUGUUAAUCGCGGCUGUUGGUAUUCAUUUCUUCCAACAAUCGUCGGGUAUAGACUCAGUUGUUUUGUACAGCCCCAGAAUCUUUGAGAAGGCUGGGAUCACAAAUUCCGAUCAAAAGCUACUAUGCACAGUAGCUGUUGGAUUCACUAAGACUGCGUUCAUCUUGGUGGCCACGUUUUUGCUUGACAAGAACGGACGGCGCCCCUUGCUUCUAACUAGCGUGGCAGGCAUGAUCUUCUCCCUCGUAACCCUCGGAUCCUCCCUAACGAUCAUCGAUCAUACGGAUCAUAAGAUGAUGUGGGCCGUUGUUGUGUCCAUCGGCAUGGUGUUAACGUAUGUGGCAUUCUUCUCAAUUGGGAUGGGUCCCAUUACAUGGGUCUAUAGCUCGGAGAUCUUUCCGUUGAAGCUACGCGCCCAGGGUGCGAGUAUCGGAGUGGCGGUAAAUAGGGUCACAAGUGGGGUCAUUUCCAUGACUUUUAUCUCACUGUACAAGGGCAUCACCAUCGGCGGGGCCUUCUUUCUCUAUGCUGGGAUUGCCACGGUGUCGUUUGUGUUCUUUUACUUUAUGUUGCCGGAAACACAAGGUCGAACCCUCGAGGAUAUGGAGGGGUUGUUUGGUAAUUUUAGGUGGAAGUUUGCUGGUUACAAGAACAACACCAACAAGAACAGGGAAGUGAAUGGUGAUGGUAUUGGUCAGAUCCAGUUAAGGACAAACGGGCAAACUUAAUUAGAACUUUAGUAAAAGGAAUGCAUUUGACUUCCCAUGCAAUAGCUUUUCCUAUCAUAUUUCAUGUGAAAGGUUCUCCAAACCCUUUCUUAUUUUCUUUGAAGUGUUAGAAUUAUUAUUAUUAUUAUUAUAUUAUUCAGAACAAUGAUGUGAAAAGGUGAGAGAGAACAAGGUUGAAUGCAAUGGCCAAAAAACAGUGGGUUAUGAAUGAGAAGGGGAUACAUAAUGUACAAUAGCCGAUAGUGUUAUUCUU